AUGCAGCUGGAGCGUUCCCUCGAGUUCCAGGUUGUCAGCAGCCCGCUCGGCUUCAAAGUUCGCCUCUACCCCAAGCAGGAUGGCUUGGUGAAGGCAGAGGAUAAGAUGGGGGCGUCGGAGGCCAACGCGGCCGUCGGCGGUUGCAACGACGGCCACGGCAGGACAGGCAAAGAAGAGCCGGCGAGCCUGUCUCUGCUUUGCCCUUCCAGGAACUUCCGCAUCGAGUUACCGCAGGCUCUUGCCUCAGUUCUGAAUGCGCUCCGGCAGCUUUGUCCCGAUGCCUCGCUUGGGUCAUACACUCAGGCUGGAGAUCGGGUUUGCGUGCUGGUGCGACUGGCUUUGGGCAGCCAGGGCCUUCGCAGAUCUAAGGUUGUGUGA